AUGAAUCAACUCAAGGCACAAGGAUCUAGAAAACUUCCUUCACAACCGUUGAACCAUAAGGAGAACGUCAAUGCUAUUGAGCUAAGAAGUGGGAAGCAAGUAGAAAAACCGGCAACAUUACCGGAGCACCAUGAAUCUGUUUUAGAGCAACAAGAGGAUGAAACAGCCCCUAACAAGGCUGAUUCGGUACCAAAUUUUAACUCUAAACCUCUUGUUUCUACUAAUGUCACUUCUCCUCCUUUUCUUAGUAGGUUUGCAAAGUCCAAGAAGGAGACACUAUACAAAGAGAUUUAUGAGAUCUUCAAGAACAUUCAAGUGAACAUACCACUCCUUGAGGCGAUAAGGCAAGUUCCUCGCUACGCAAAGUUCUUGAAGGAAUUGUGCACUAACAAGCACAAAUUGGUCGGUAAUGAGGUUAUGUAUGUGGGUGAGAAUGCUUCCGCGUACCUUCAAAAGAAACUUCCACCGAAAUUGAAGGAUCCCGGUAGUUUCACUAUACCAUGUACAAUUGGUACAACCAGGUUUGAUCGUUCUUUUCUAGGUGCAACUAUUAAUGUUAUGCCUGCCUCAAUAUAUGAAUCGUUAGACCUUGGUCCUCUUAAGGAUACCGGUAUUAUCAUUCAACUUGCUGAUAGGUCCACUACUUACCCGAAAGGGGUUGUGGAAGAUGUUUUGGUGCAGGUUAACGAGCUGAUUUUUCCUGCAGAAUUUUAUGUUCUAGAUAUGAGGGAUGAAGAUUCACCCUCGUCUACACCGUUGCUGUUGGGUAGACCUUUCAUGAGAACUGCUAGAACUAAAAUUGACGUCUUUAAAGGCACCAUAACAAUGGAAUUUGACGGUGAACCCAUAAGUUUCAACAUAUUUGAGGCUAUGAGAUAUCCCAGUGACAUACAUUCAUGUUUUUCAGUGGAUGUGAUUGAUUCUUUAGCUCAACAAACGUUUGAGUUAGACGGUGAUGAUGUGUUAGAGAAAUCUAUACUGAAAAGUUUAGAUUGUGUAAAUCAUGAUGACAUGAAAAGUGAUAUAGAAAUGUGUGAUGAGCUUAAAGAAGCACCUGUCCUUGAAUUGAAACCUCUUCCAGAUCACCUCAAGUAUGUCUAUUUAGGUGAGAAGGAAGAGUUACCGGUGAUUAUUGCCAAAAACCUCACCAAGGUGCAAGAAGAGAAUCUUAUUCGUAUGCUAAGAGAAUACAAAUCUGCCAUAGGAUGGACCAUUGCAGAUAUCAAGGGAAUCAUCCCUUCCACGUGUAUGCACAAAAUAAUUCUUGAGGAGGGGGCUAAGCCAACUAGAGAAGCUCAACGUCGCUUAAAUCCUCCAAUGAUGGAAGUGCUGAAGAAAGAAAUCCUGAAGUUGUUGGAUGUAGGGGUUAUCUAUCCCAUAUCCGAUAGCAAAUGGGUAAGUCCUGUUCAAGUCGUUCCAAAGAAAUCCGGUGUCACAGUGGUGAAAAACGAAGAUAAUGACCUAGUUCCAACUAGAAUUCAAACCGGUUGGAGAGUUUGCAUUGAUUAUCGGAAGCUGAAUUCUAUUACCCGGAAAAGGCCAUUUUCCCUUACCAUUUAUUGA